AUGGCAAAAGAGAACCGCGCGUUUGGCACGCAACGCCAGGACACUGGCUAUGGAUUUGGGUCAAACUUGAGAUUUCCUAUUGAAAUGCCUCCGAUAUGGGUAAUUGUCGUCGGAUUAGGCGUGUUACUGGCUGUACUGGGAUUUCUGGCCUACAUGGCAUUGAACCUCUUAGCGCCCACUCCGCGACCUCCGCGACGUUCGGAAAAGCAAUAUACGACAAUACUACCAGAUGGCGCGCGAAGCGACCCGCGAGAAUUACCUUGUUGGCUAGAUAAAUGGGCAGCCGAGAAAGAGAAUGCGAAGAAAGAAGCAGCGAAAGAGCCCGGGAAAAGGGUCGUGAUACCGCCACAAAUGCCUAUCGAGGAACCAGAGCUAUUCAUGAGUGUCGUGGUGCCUGCGUACAACGAGGAGGAGCGCCUAGAGGGCAUGCUGGAAGAGGCGGUGGAUUACCUUCAGAGCGAGUAUGGAGACGCACACGCUGGUGGAAAGGGUGAGAAGAGCCAAAAAGGCUGGGAGAUCUUGAUCGUGAACGACGGAAGUUCAGACGGCACGGUCGACAAGGCGCUGGAGUUUGCGAAGGAGCACCAAUUGAGCCAACAUCCAAAGUCAAAGCCAGGGCCAUGGUCGAAGAACGGCGACGCCAAGUCACCACAUUCAACCCACAUUCCACACGGCAGUAUCCGUGUUAUAACUCUAGAAGAGAACAGAGGGAAAGGCGGAGCAGUCACACACGGAAUGCGUCACGCCAGAGGCAAAUACAUCGUCUUCGCAGACGCUGACGGCGCAAGUCGUUUCUCAGACCUAGGCAAACUAGUGGAAGGAUGUCAAAGCAUAGAAGACAAGCAUGGUCGCGGCGUUGCGAUUGGCUCCCGAGCCCACCUGGUCGGCAGCGAAGCUGUCGUGCAGCGCUCUAGACUUCGCAACUUCCUCAUGCACUCUUUCCACAUCUUACUCCGCGUCAUGACACCACCGGCCACUGCCCGUAUUAGGGACACACAAUGCGGUUUCAAGCUUUUCUCGCGCCCAUCACUUCCAUACAUUGUGCCGUACAUGCAUUCCGAGGGCUGGAUUUUCGACGUUGAAAUGCUCAUGUUGGCAGAGAGUGCCGACAUUGCCAUGAUUGAAGUCGCUAUUGGAUGGAAGGAGGUCAUGGGUAGCAAGCUCAAUGUAAUCUGGGAUAGUAUCGGUAUGGCAUGGGGUCUUGCCCUGCUGAGAGCAUGCUGGAUAGCAGGGAUCUAUCAGAGAGACUAGAGGAAUGCGCAUGCGCAUAUAGAAUCGAAUUAUUUCGUGCA